UUUCCCCUAUGCUCUUUCCCCCAAAAAGGUAGAUAAGUGGGUGUGGCCAUCGAACUUUAUGAUCGAGUGACCGCCAUGUUACCGGACCAUUCUAUAAUUCUGUUGGUUAUGUUUGGAACAAUAGAAGGCCAGGGUAUGCGGGUUUGCUGAAUGAAAGAAGCCAAUGCAUUGCAGUUGUUCCUUUAGUUUUAAAUGAUUUUUGUUCAUUCAACUUUGUCUCUUCCCGUUUUAAUUUGAUUACAGCAACCAAUUUUUGUUAGCGUUCUUCACGCUUACAAGCGAUUUUUUCCGUGUCAAACACUGGAGAAAAUGUUGAAAAUUAUGUCCGCUUUCUAAAGCCCAAUCUCCAGUGAGAAAAAGUCUUGCGAAAUUUCGCUGCGAAAUACUUCACGCGACAAAUUCCUUUGAAUGCUUUUGUUGACCUCACGACAUUUGAAUGUAAAGUUUGGAAGCGUGACAAAGGAAUACGGAAUAUGAUUGGCUGUUGAAGGAUUUCGCAAGCGAAAAGCGAAAAAAGUUAAACUCAUUAAUGCGCAUGCCUAAGACGUAUUUCGCGCGAACUUUUUCGCAUUUCGCAGUAUUUUUUCUCACUGGAGAUUGGGCUUAACAGCACAUAGAAAAAUUAAUCCCGCCCAAUUUGGUUUAUAAAAUCAGCGUAUUCAAUUCACUUCAUUGAUCCCUUUCCCGUCUCACUUGAUAAUCCCGCCUCUGUAAUAAUCCCGCAUUUAAUCAAUAAACCCGCAGCGGGAAUACAGGAGAAAAUAGAUAGUCCUUUGUUUCACAGCCUCGUUCAGUUUACACGGUUAUGAGGUAGAGGACAUAUGGCCUAGUAAAGAUGGUUGAAGAAAAAUCAACGUGAUUCGAUUCUAGCAAAAUGUAUCCUGGUUUCACAUCAUUGCUCAAUAUUUGUGUAGAAGGUCUUCAAAAGGGAACAUUUAUUCUUAUUGAGGACAACCAGACUGAUGGAAGCUUUAUCAUACAUCAUUUUUUGUCAUUAUUUUUAAAAAGCAAUGCCAAUAUCUGCUUGGUGGGUUUUGCUCAAACAUUGGUUCAUUACUCAACAAUUGCAAAGAAACUGGGCAUUAAUCUAAAUAAUUUCAAAGAAAAAGGUCAGCUGAAGUUUAUUGAUGGCAUGAGUUUAUUUACUGAAUGCUUAGACAAAACUGCAGAAAAUUCCAAUCCAAUUGACCUGAGGCAGUUUUAUCUGAAGUUGAAAUCAGAGGUGCUUUCGUGGCAAGACGAUAGGCCAGUCCUGAUGAUUCUUGACAAUAUUAGUCUGCUUCUAAACUCUGGCAUUGAUGUGAACUCACUAGCCGAUUUCAUGCACUACUGUUAUACGUUAACCCAUUCCUGUAAUCCUAAUGUCUGCUUGCUGUCUUUGGUUCAUUGUGACACGGACAUAGUUGACAACGAUUCGGUUUAUUUACGAAACCAGCUAAGCUAUUAUGCAAGCAAUCGCAUUUUGAUUCAUGGAUUGGAAACUGGCUAUUCGAAGGAUGUCCACGGGCAGAUUGAAGUCACGAAGAACUAUUUUGAAGAUGCUGAUAGCUCUAUGGAAACAAAGUUGAUGCAGUACAAACUGACUGACAAAGGUGUCGAUUUCUUCCCUGUUGGGACAUCGGCUGCUGUAUUGUAAAUGUAAGUUAGCAUCAGUGUUUCAAAAUGUAGGGUAACAUGUUUGAUAGGGGGAGGAGGGGGUUGUGACUCACGACUCAGUUGCGUAUCAGGGCUCAUUCGGGCACAUUUAUUUGCUCGUCUCGAAAUUUCUAAACAUAAUAAGCUUUGUUUAGGGGUGAUAAAGUGACUGUAAAUCCCAAGGAGGUUGCACUCGACUUCAUAAAAACAUCGACGGAGCAUAACAACAAAUCGUUAAUAGGUUUGUCUGGUUUCUUUCACUUGUGGUUAAGAUUCUUUCAACGGACAAUCCUCUUUUUGUCUAUGAAGAAAUCGCUCAAUUUUUCAAGCAAGGUCAUAAUGUUAAGUUGUAUUUUGUGCAAGUCUUUGAUAAAAGUAAUGUAAUGAAUAUGUCAAAGUGUUUGGAACAAUUUAGCUUUCCACAUUAACGACAAUCAAGUAAAUUAUGUGUUUUAUUUGUGCGAAUUUGCAAAAGCGUGGGAAGGUGAAAGUUCAUCUUGUUGAAAUCUUUUUAAAAGUUGUAAACACGUUAUGAAAGUUGAUUAUCACCUAUUCAAGUCAAUUUAAGGUUUUGGCAACAAUAUUUUUGCGUUGUUUUUGUUUGUCAAUAUCUUGCUUGAAUAUUAGGGACCAAAAAUUUUGGGGCAAAUGAAUAUUUUUUUUGUAAUAAUAUAUGGACAAUCUAUACUAUUGUCAUAAAACAUUAUUUGAGAAAUUGCCACUAAACGUUGUAUCUUAGUUUAUCGAUGGAAGUCACGAUUAAAUAGGGGUGUAAUUUACCUUAUGUUGCCUUUUGCAGAUAAAGAAAUGAUCACAAAUGCCAUGAACCUUUUCAAUUGCUUUCUUUUUAUUGUAUUUUGUCAUUUCAGUUCGCUAAAUGAAUAGUGCGAGAUGAUUUUGUGGGGGAUUCGCAAAGGGUAGCCUUCAAUGUCAUGAUGACCCUGAAAGGACAUAUGUACUCUCUGCUAAUCCCUAUGUCCCGACCAAGUAAGAUCAUAUAUCUUCGCGUUCAAUAGAGAGUGUACAAUCUUCUCAUCCUUUCGAAGAUUCUCCACUUCAAAGCCAAAAGUUUUUUGAAAAGAUAAAAAGAGUAUAUGUUUAUCUACGUUGCCCCGUUGUUCUUAAACACGGUUAUCAGGUCACAAGUUUAGCUGCUUCAUAGUUUAGUAGCUUUGAAGAAAAAUAAUAAAGCGAAGGCUGUUCGUAACGAACUUCAUGCAAACGUUGUUUAGCACCCCCAAAAGGCCACUUAUCAUAGAGAGAUCCAGGUACCUCUUUAUCAAAUGUGUUUAUUAUCGACAUUUCAUAUUUGCCUGGACAGCAUGGCUCAUUGAUGUCUUCAACCUAGGUACCUGGUAUCUAAGGAAUUUUUUCAAGGGAGCCUUCAUAGACCUUUCAAUGCAUCCCACCAUAAUCCGUUAAAUGCCCCCACCCACUGUCUGCUUUCAUGUCAACUAUUUUGCAGUUGUUUUUAAUGUAGCAAUUGUGGCUGAUUGUCGGUAGCUGCAGAGACAAUUUCUAAAAGGGUACUCGUUAUUUGUUUGUAUUCUGCCUACCCACUUACCCUCCCCAGUCAGAACUCCACCUGAAUAGUGACGUCGUGGACAAUCAAUGUUAGGAAGUUUAGCGAUAGAGGCACUACAAUGAUAUUUUAGGUCUUAAUAAAGAAAUUCAUACACUUUGAAGUUCUUGACCAUAACCUGUCUGUAAAUUUCCUUUGCUUCCCCCCCCUCCCCUCCCCCAACCAGUGGUGUAACAGAGGCACUUGGGGCCUCUUUCAACGUCCUGCAAUAAAGGGAGCAAGGGUUCAAAAACUCUAUGUGGUAUGCUAAACAUUAAAGGAAAGAUGUAAAAAUGAUAAUGAUAGGGAGCGGAGAUAUAUGCUUCAGUUAAAGAAGUUGUAAAAUGUUUGAAAUGCCAGGUGAACCUGAGCAAAGUCUUAAAACAUGGAUUUGAGAAUAUCCCGGUGGCUUCUUUCGAUCGGGGGCUCUUUGUCACUGAUGAGAAUAUCUUUCUUAGAUUAAUAGGAACCACCUGCUUUUGAAUAGCCUGGUAUUUUCGUAAAUACAUUAUGCAAAUACAUCAUGCAUCUGCAGCCACCUGUUGUUGAUAAAGUAAAGCAGCAACCCGACAAGUCUCUUAUUACAGACCCUCAUACAUAUGAGUCCUAGUUGUAUCGACACACUUCCUAGUUGUAUUGAAUCAGUAAUCCCGCGCAUCAUCAUUAGACAUAAAUUAUCAUAAUUAAUGGUGAAUCAUCAUUUAUCAUAAUCAUCGUCAUUUUGCUGGAGAGCAUAAGUAGAGAACGACAAAAAGCUUCAUUGUGUCUAACAAUCUUUUUGGUUUUUCCAAGUUUGUUUACUUUUUAAAUAUCUAUCGCCUAAAAUAUUUAAAUGCCUCAAAGGCUAUUAACAUAAUGUUUUGGAAGUUAAUUUAGAACUUAGAACUUGAAAGGUCACAUUGAAGAGGCUGUCUAGCUCAAAAGUUUGAGAAAGGAAUAAUCCUAAUGCCUUUAUAGUCAGCAAUGGCGGAGGACACUAAGGGGGACGCCCCCUUCCGUGUCCUCGACAGGAUUUAUCUGGUAUUUCGUCAAAAUCAGAUGAGAAAAUAUUGGGGGGGGGGGGAGGGUGAUAAUACUUUAGAAAAGUAUCCUUUGUGUUGCUAUUUAUGGUUUUUGAACUGCCUUUACGUAACCAAAAGUUAGUCAUUGGCAUUCCCUAUCGGUAGAAUUGGCAUUCCUUGCUGGUAAAUGCUUUCAAUUAAAAAUAAACUGAAAAAAGGAUAUUUUCUCAGAGUUAAGAGGGCGUAACCUAUAACUUUGUCCUCCACCCAUUGGUAAAACAAAAUCGAAGGCACUGUCACCAUUAGUAAGAAUAGAUCUCCAUGGUUUGCAAGGUUGAACUGAAACCUAGUGGAUCAUUAGCCAACACAUUUUCUAACCACGAAUAUUUUUUUCUCAGAUUUCCACCAAAUAGAACAAGGGUGCUUAAAAAUCACACACUGUUUUGUGUCAGAUUUAAAUGCUUCAAGAGAAAGUAAAGGGAAAACUUGACAAACAAGUUUUGACUGAUUGCAGAAAUUGCUUUGGACCCAUUACAAAAAAGUCUCAUAACCUGCCUCUAGAUAAUCCAAUUUGUCUUUGGCGUCUUUCUUUUACAAUACUUAGUGUUUAACAGUGAUGGCUUAAAUUUCGGGGGGGGGGGGCUUGAUAGAGAUGGGACAGCUAAAAAGAGCUUUAGCAAAAUUGAGAAAAAUGUUUCUAACUAGUGAAUUAUUUACAACUGACGAUUUUAUGUUCUUUUUUUAGAUUCUUUUUCCAAUCUCUCUUUUAUGCUAACUCUUUCAAUCCUGUUGUUAACAAAUCUUGCAAGCUCUACCAUGUGUGAAAGUUCCUUUACAUCAGCUGAAAUUGUGCGAUACGUCUUAUCCAUUUUGUCGAAUUUAUUGUUUAGGGAUUUUUUUGUUUCGUUAAUUUCUCUCUUUAUUCUUUGUUGUGUCCCUGUUACUCGUUGUAACGAUUUCUUUAAAUUUUCGUAUUCAUCAAAAUCCUUUUCCUGUGUUGUUCUAGCAAUUUGAUCUUUAUCAAGGUAGGUUGAGUCCACAUGCUUUCCUGGUGAAUUUCUUAUCCCCGAUUUCAUUCUCAACAAAUGAUUGUUCCAACAACAUUUAGCCAUAGAGUUUUUUCCUUCGCAUGUUCCUGUGACUUUUUCUCGCAGAAAAUUUGCCUUUCUCUCCACCAAGUCCGCAGAAAUCGUUUCCUUGCUUAAUCCCACUUUACUGUUAACAGCGAAUCGUUUUGUUUUCAUCACUGAGUCAAGGCUGUCCAUGGUAAACUCUUCAAGGAAUUUUGGUCCUUCCAUUUCGUUUGGAAACAUUUUAAGAUCAAUAAACGAAGUUUCACAAUUGUAGACAAGAAACCCGAUGCAAAUAAACCAGCUGACGGAUCUCCAAUUACAGGAAGAUUGUUUCGUCUGUUUUAUUGUAACUUUGUCAAACUUUGAAAUAACUUUUUUGAAUCCCGUCUUUUCUUAUACAUAUUACAACAUCUCACUUUUCCUUUCUUUUUAUUUACAGUUCUGGCAUUCAAUAUAAUUACCAAGCAAAUAUAAAGAAUCUUUAUUUACAGGCCGUUAGUCAACAUCGACGGAUUUCCAGGAUAACUGAAGUCUCGACCAGAAUCUUUCUGAAAAAACAAACCGUUUUCUUCGCACUGGACAACAAACACGAAACGUCGAUAUUAACCUGGUAUAGUAAAUUCCUUGUGAGAGAGACGAGCUUCUACAUUGAUCUUUGGAUGUUUGUGUCCGUGUUCUUUCGAUAAAAUGAAUUCGAGGAUCACGCUUGUGGAACUAAAACCUCGUGUUUUGUCCACUCUAGACAGCUUACUCAUCGAAGAUCCUCAUGACACCGAGUAUUCUCGUAUUACUGCACGUAGAAAAUAAUCUUUUCAAUUUUUUGAAAACCUCUUUGAUCUUCUCGGUUGAUAACUAUUGUUUAGGUUCUUUUACGCUCUUCAAUGAACGUGCUUUGUUCCGUGAGCUCUA